UCCGAUUUCUCAUUCAUUCGUUGACCAGCGACGCAUCUUAUCAUCUUCGGAGAGUUCUUCGAUCCUGUCCUUCCCUUUUCGUUUCGCUGUCCUUUAAAACAGGACCUUCUUCUCCAAGACAAUCGUUUUACGCUGAGACCAGUUUCUUCUACCAUGGCUAGCCAAUCGACCAAGGACUACAAAUCCGUUCACGAUUUCACCGUCAAGGAUGCUAGGGGAAAUGAUGUGGAUCUUAGCAUUUAUAAGGGAAAGGCUCUGUUAAUUGUUAAUGUUGCUUCCCAAUGUGGUCUGACCAAUUCGAACUACACAGAGUUGAGUCAGGUGUAUGAGAAGUACAAGGAUAAAGGCUUAGAGAUACUGGCAUUCCCAUGCAAUCAGUUUGGUGGGCAAGAGCCAGGUACUAGUGAUGAGAUUGUGGAAUUUGCUUGCACCCGCUUCAAAGCUGAGUAUCCAAUCUUUGACAAGGUUGAUGUGAAUGGUGACAAAGCUGCUCCAAUCUACAAGUUCUUGAAGUCACAAAAAGGGGGUAUGUUUGGAGACGGCAUCAAAUGGAACUUUUCAAAGUUUCUGGUUGACAAGGAUGGAAAUGUGGUUGACCGUUAUGCGCCUACCACUUCUCCUCUUAGCAUCGAGAAGAGUAUAAAGAAGUUAUUGGGCGUCUCCUAGGUGCUGAGAUGUGGAAACAUGUUGUUCCAUUUCCGUGUUGAUCAAUAAAGAGCUGCAAAAACAGAUCUAUGUUUCUGAUACUGCGGUUAUAUAAUAUAAAGCUGUCGAACAACCAUGCCUUUUAUUUUAGACGGGUUUUAUUAAUAGAUUCGCUGGUGGGUGUGGCGUAGUGUUGAUGUUUGUAUACAGUAUAUCCCUGUUUUUUUUUGUUUUUAAAGAGAAUAUGAGGUAUUUGUGAUGAUGAGAUCCAAAGAUUAAAUUACUAAGGUUAAUAUCUCAGGUGUUUGUGAUCA